AUGUCGGAGGACAUGUUUAUGGUUGUAAUAGUGCACAUCCUCGAGGAGGUACCUGGAGAGUUCCACCAUCGACCAAAUUUACUAGGGACGGAAAGGGCCACUUGUGACGUUUUCCCGUCCGAGGGCACGACCCGAACCGGAGAACCGGAGCCACCCAGAACGCCUCGCCGGAGCGCUCCAUGCGGGUGGCGGAGCGUCCGCUCCACGCCCCAGUCCCGCAGUCCCAGCGCCGCCAAAACGGGGAAGGUCAAGCAAAAUGCGAACCUGAACACGAGGGACCCGCACCGGCGGCGUCAGGCCGGGCCACCGCACUGCACCGCGGGCGGAGGGUCCGACCCCAGCGCCCCUGGCCCCCCCGGCCCCUGGGCUCGGUUUGUCCCCUGUGCCCAGAGGGCUGAGCCGAGUCACCCGCACACGAAACCCCGGCUCAAACCCGCGUACCAGCAGCUCCUUCCCCGCCGCCCCGCACGCUCCCCGCCUCCCCCAUGCCCGCCGCGGCGCCGGGCCCGCUCCGGUGCCGGCCAGGCCGCUCUCCGGUCCGCGUCGGCCGUGAGGACCGAACACGCUCCGGCACGGCUCAGGGAGGCCUUCGGUCCCGCGCCGGGGGUACCUCGGCCGCGCGCGCUCGCAGCUGGGCGGGGAGUCGCCGGCGCCGGCCCGACGCCGGGUUUUCUGGCCGGGCCGCGGGCUCGUGCGGGGGAAGGGGCACGGCCGGCGGGGAAGGGGCGACCCGCGAGUCCGGACCUCCCCACCCCGCACGCGCCCUGCCGUCCGCGCCUCCCUCAGCACCGGGGCGCGCGCUCGGAAGGCAGCGGGACACCCACGCCCAGAACUUUCUCGCGCGCGCGGACGCGGCGUCUCCCCGCAGCAGCGGGCCCGGAGGGGACGCACGCAGGGCUCCGGGGGACGGCGCCGCGGUCCAGCGACCUGCACACCGCGGGCGCACGCGGAGUGCCCGAAAGUAGAGCGAGUCCCGCCGGGAACACUGCGGGGACGCGGGAGGAGCACCGCGCGGGCGUCCCGCACACUAAGCGCGCCCGCAAGUCCCACAGCCGCGUCCGCGUCCCUGCUCCACCCGCACCGCGUCCGGCUUCCUGCUCGGGACGCGCCACCUCCGGGACCCGCCACGUCGUCCACGCGCUCCGGGACAGCCGGCCCCGAGCCCCCUCCCCGCACACGGGGAACCGGCGCGGGCCUCCGGGACCACAGGCACACCGGGCCGCCCCGGGUUCCGCUCCGGGCGCCGAGCCGGCCCGCGGGGAGUGGACCCGGCAGCGAGCCCGGCGGCUGACCCAGAGCCCGAGGCCCCUCGCCCCGCCGCGCCGCGCCCCUGACUCGGGGUCCCCACGGGGAACCGCUGGACCCACGCAGCGGGGGCUCUGGGCGCGGGCGCCGCCCCGGACUGGGCCCCCGGCCCUGGCUUUGAGGACCCCCGAGGCGGCCCGGGACCGCCGCCCUCCCCGCCCCCACCGCCCCCACGCCCACUCCGCCGGCGCCAACAAAGCGGGGGUCGGGCCGCGCCAAGUUUCGCUCCGGGGUCGUGUCGCUGGGACCCGGCGACGACUUGCGGGCCGGACACGCGCCCCAAGUUACCACAAAGGGCCGGGGAGAGGGUCCGGAGCCGCGCGCCGGCCCGUCCCGCCCUCGCCGGGCUCCGCGUCCUCCCGGCAGCCGCGCCACCGCCGUCAACAGGUCUUCGCCGCCUCGGGGCGGGAGGACGACCCCGCGCUCGCGCCGCCCUCCCCUGCAACCUGCCCGCCGGCGCCCCGCGCCCCCUGCCCGGCGCCCUUCCCGCGCGCCCCGGCCGGACUGGGCUCCCGCCCGCCGAGGCCCGGCACCGCGCGGCCGCUCCUUACCUCCCGCGCCGCCGCAGUCGGCCGCGCUGCGCGUCCUCGGGGCCCGCCGGCUCCGCCCCCGCUCGGAAAGUUGCCGGACGUCGGCGCGGACUCCGCACCCCCGGCCGCGGCCCGCCCGCCUCCCGCGCUGCCCGCCCCGCCGCCUCCCGCGCGGCCGGAGCGCUCACUGGCGCGGCGGGGCUGCCUGCGCGGGCCUCGGGCGGGGCCGGCGGGACGCGGGGCGCCCCCUGUCGGCCGGCGGGAGCGCUCGUGGCGGCGCGGGACCCCCGCUCCGGGACGGGCUGCGGGCGCUGACGGGCUUCCGGGCGCGGGCGGGCGCGGGCGGAGGGGCCGAGGAGCCGCGGGCGACGCGGGAGAACCGGCCCGGGCAGCGGAGGCCUUUCCCGACCGGCGCCGGGACGGAAGCGAAACCACGCCCCCCCCGCGCCUCCCCCCCACCUUCCCUGGACUCCCCCCGACACCCCGCGGGCUGUGCCCUCCCCGUGCGCGCGGGUCCCGCCCCGCCUUCAGACACGCGACCCGCCGCCACGGGCACGUGCCCAUCGGAGCCCAGAACUGCGCGCGGGGCGUGCGGGAGACACCGCCAGCGGCCUCCCCGCGCGGGCGGAGCACCGGGAAGGCGCGUCCCCAAAGCGCGGGGGCCUCGACGUGUAUCCGAGACGCCCGGGACGGAGGCUGCGAGGGCUCAGUCCGGGGCUGA